GCAGAUUGUGCCGCAGGACACAAUAUGCUAUUGGUUUUUUUCUGAAUGAACUGCAAACAGUACGUUGCAUUUUGUUGCAUUCGAAUUUGUUUCGAUUUUAAAGUUCAUUAAUAUGAAAGUGGAAAGUCUAUGACGAUACGUUCCUCCUUUUACUUUCAGUUGAUCCGUGCCAUUUCGUGAGAGCAGCGGUAAAAAUGAGAUCUAUGUUGCAUUACACAGCAGCAUUGGUAAUCGUCGCUGAAUACCUUGUGCAUGUCGGUGUACUGGAAGCUGUUGUGGAAGACCGUUUCUUACCGCAUUUUAUCGGCUCGGAUGAUACACCUACGGUAGCGUCAGUUUUCGCCUGGAAGCCCGCAGCUCCUUUACCAGCCCAACUUCACCUUAGCAACGCUCCGGCCCUUCUAGUGGAUAACGAAACUGUAGCUGGUCUUCUUCAACAGAUUUUGGCUGGAAACCUACAAAGUGUCGAAAGUCGCGGUCGACCUUUGGCAGUACCUUCCGGUGGCAAACCGGUGGCUGUCAUCUUCUCAUCGUCCGUGCAUGUUGUUGAUCUGGGCGAUCUUCGGCCUCCCAUAACCCCUGCAUCGACAACAAUUAGCCCUCAUACACAUACUCCUCAUGUUCCUCAUAAUGAUAGUGCUCACAUUCACACGCACGGAACCCAAUUCGGGUCAAAUCACACGCACGGAACCCAUUUCGGCUUAAAUCACACAUCACUGCUUGAGUCUAUCAUAUCGCCGCUAAUGUCAUUGACCCAUUUCGGGACAUCGCGCGAAUCUCAUCCGUCACAAUCGCCGCACCCUACCUCAACAGUGGCAGGGACUCCAGCUUGGUCGGUACAGCAGGUUCUUCAACCGGUUCAAAUGCAGCCGGUAAUGAUGAUGAUGAUGCCCAUUUCACAAAUGCAGGCGAUGUCUGCAAUAUCCUCGACGUCGGCACAUGCUUUGGCACCGGUUCAAACAGACAGCUUGUCACACUUAGAUAAAGUUUUGCAAGGCAUCCUAACCGCCAAAAAACAACAACUAAUCAACUCUACGUUACUAACAGGGCACGGAUCUCAUUCAGGGCAUGAAGCACAGGUAUCGGGAACUGGAACUUACUCGUCGAUGGCUACCACUUCCUCAUCGGUACAAACACCUGUUAAUGCAUUCACUUCGAUACCCACCUCAACAUUUGUGACUACUAUGCAACCGCAAGAGGUCAAAAGCAUGGACAAUAGUACUUCGAGGAGCAAACAGGUCUGAGUCCUCUCGUUCGCAUGAGGAUCACACCUGAGCGUUUUUGUGCGCGUUACCCAUGUGGAUAUUGACAUACAUAAAUGAUUUAUGAAUUUGUACAUGAAAACGCCAGUAUUUGCGGUCAUUCAACUUGUGUAGUAAAACGAAGUAGUUAUAAUACAUGGUGUGACUAGACAAAAAUCUUUUAUUUGCAGCAGCGAUGUUUUAAAGAAGAGACAUCUUGCCCCAUAAAAAUCUGUCGUUUUGUAACUAUUCUAUAAAUUACUCAAUAAAACUUAGU